AAACGUCAUCGUAGGGCAUCGGGAAUCAUGUCCAUCUUCCCGUCAGUAUGGUGCGAAUCAUGACAACCUGAUCAGGAAGUAGAUAUUAAUCUAAGCGGCGGUGGUGGGGAUUACGAAGGCCGUGUUGAAGUAUUCUUCGAUCGAACUUGGGGAAAGAUAUGCGGCAAUAGCAAGUGGACCUUCGAUUCUGCUGACGUCGUGUGCAGACACAAUGGCUAUGACCAUGCUUUCAUCAUCUACUAUGACGACACUUUCAGUAAAGACAACAUGACAACGGUGCAGUUUGAUGAAGUUGACUGCGAAGGUUCAGAAACAAACCUGACAUCAUGCACAGCUUACAGAUACAAUGCAGGGUUUUGUGGAGACACCCCUCGAGAAGCAGCUGGCCUGACCUGCACUUCGGAAUCGGCGUCAGAAGUCGACAUCAGGCUGGCCGGAGGUAAAGGUGCCCAUGAAGGUCAAAUGGAGUUCCUCGUGGAUGGUGUCUGGCGAAAACUCUGCGGCGAGGAAACGACUUUCCAGGAGGCUAACGUCUUCUGCCAAUCACUCGGAUAUGAACGGUCAUUCGCUCUUGUCCAGGACGGCAGUGCCUUUUUGAACAGUGACGACGGAGACCCAUUCUUUGACUAUUUGGACUGCACUGGGUCAGAAGACAAAGUUACCAGCUGUAGAAUGUUGCGUUCUAAAAAAGGGACGUGUAGUUCUCUUUAUGGUGCAGCAGCAAUAUCUUGUGUGACAGAUGAUCCAGUCAAUAUUCGCCUCGUUGGUGGUCAGGGAUCUUACGAAGGUCGCGUUGAAAUCUUUUACGAUGGAUCCUGGGGUUCGGUGUGUGCUUCGAAACCUUGGAGCAUUGCCACGUCUGCCCUUGUUUGUAGCUUGCUCGGAUACCAUGAUAAGAAUUACGUCACCUUCUUCGACGAUGAUCGCUAUGGCGACCUGACCGACCCUGUCCGUUUCGAUAAAUUAGACUGUAAAGGUGUCAAAACCGCCAGUUCGAUCAAGUCAUGUCUGCUUCAUAAGUUCAGUGCAGGUUAUUGUAGAAGCGGAUACGCCAGUGUUCAAUGUGAACGAGCUCCGACCAAACCUGUGCCAACAUCCAUCCAGACCACUCAGGCUACAUGGGCUGUGGCUACAUCCCUUCGACAACAGGCGCCGACAUACCCAACUACGACGCCAUUUAUUGAUGCGUUUGAAGACAGUUCACCUGACAUUUAUGGCACUGAUCGACAACUCACUACCCUGAUUACUGUGAUAGACGACGUGAUUGACAUUUACGAGAGCAAUUCUACUUUUAAUAAUCGAUCUUUUAAUCGGAAUAUGAGUGAAAUACAUAUUUUGCUGAGUCCUAACCAGAGCGUGUUACUUUACAUUGGGUAUGCAGUAACCAUCGCCUGUAUCUCGCUUACCUUACUGAUAUACGUGAUCAUUCGCAAACUCAGACGGAAAUUGCUUGGCCUGGUCGUGAUUGGAGAGUGCGUCUCCUUAAUCUGCUUCCACAUCAUCUUCAUCUGCGUCCUCACGGUUGACCGUUGGACAAGUAACCCGGAAACGGAAGUCCAGUUGUGCAAGGCGUUAUUGGUUGGUUUACAUUACUCAACCUUAUCAUCUGCUAGCUUCAUUACCAUGCAUGGUAUAUGCUUGUACCUAGCUUUCGUGAAACACCUUCGCAUCGAUUCCCUCUCAUACAUUCGUAAAGCUACAUUGUGGACACAAGGAUUCCCAGCCGCAGUAGUGGCUAUGUCAUCGAUAGGUGCUGAAGAUACGUAUCUUGCCACAGACAGGUGUUUCUUUGGUGUGUGGUUCUUGUUAGGAGCCGUGCUACCUGUAGCUGCUCUACUUUUCUUCGUGACUUUAUACCUCCUGAUAACGAUCCAUUUUCUAUCAACACCAGACCCUCUACGAGGGAAAAUAAAUUAUGACCAAGGACUAUGGCUUAUGAUCAGAGCGCCGGUGUGGAUCACAAUAUCUGAUUUCGCUCUCCUGUGCCUUUCCUUUACGUUUGGAUAUUUAUACGCCCUAUCACCCACCCUGUACAAAGAAUGGGUAUUGGUGAGCUACUUAGUUUUCCAGGGAGUGAUAUUUGUUGUCUUACAUUGUAUCGUACCUUUAAAUGUACGAAAAGAAAUUAAAAGACUAUUGUGGCUUGGACGGAGACGUCAGGGUAAAGAGUUGGAAAAGCAAAGGAGUCUUCAAAACAACUCCCGAUGGCAGUUUAAACCAGAAAUAAGGAAAGUUCACCUAGGUGAUCAAGACGCUACCCAGGAGUCGAAUAGUUCUUUUGAUUCGCUUGUAUCUGUAUCUAAUGGAGCCGAUGGAUCACCUUCGCAGAACAUGUCUGCCACUCUCACCGGUAAAGUUUCUUCAACUUCAUCUGGUGAGGCCGAAGGUCUUUCAAAUAUUCAUACAGGAUCUGAAUCCGAAGCAUGUGGACAUAGCGCAGAAGACACCCACUUCUCGGAAGAAGAAGAGUCAUCAACAGCAGACCAUUGUCAAGUAAUGUCAAAAGAUGACGCCUAUUACAUCACCAAUGCAAACUCCGAUUUAGUUGAGAUCUCUUUCACCCGUCGAGGGCAUGGAACCUCUUCCAAUCCCAAGGGGACGUCAAAAUCAUCACGUCGCAAGAAGAAGAACAGGCUCAGGUUGGAGGAGAGGAACCCAUUUGGAAGGUCAUGUAUGUGUACCAAACGCCAUGAUCUUUCAAGGCCAUCAGAUAUCCAAAAGUAUUUUGGUGGGUCAGAGAAAUACUACCUUAAGAGCACAUCCCUGAGUGGAACUACGGAGCUGUCCGACCGUUCCAUCAAAACCACGAAACUGUCCAAACAUCUGGAUUACUUGAGGAAGAAACAGAAGGAUGUCGAAGAUGAGAAGAGACCCUUCAGAAGGUCAUGCCUCUGCACCAGACCUGACCACUUCCAAAUCAACAGCCAUGGUUUUAAGAUAUCCUGUGGCUCGAAGGGUACCAAGGUUCCCUAUUACAUCACCAGAGACAGGGUAGGACUGGGAAGGGACUUCGGUCCUGGAAUCGCAGGACGAGUUUGUCAUUCUUCCUUGAUAAGCUCGUCGUCCGAUUGCAAGUCCAACGGCCUACAGAAGGAAUCACCGGAUGAGAUCAACUUAAUGUUCAGCAAUGACUGCUCGAUCACGAUUGACUCAAACGAGGAACUGACAGUGGUUUCAGUCGUGUAAUUCUUAAGCCUUUCUUUUUUUCAUCUUGAAAUGUUAUUGGUCGUUUCGAUACACUAUUAAUCUUCAACAUUGUAAUUAGUAAACAUGGUAAAGCCACAUUCCUUCUGGAAAAUUUCUAAAUUGAUUUUUCUCAUUGCAUAAUUAAUGCGAAAAAUCUUCAACAGUUCUAUUUGUCCUCUGAAGGCCUGCAUUUUGUAACUAGGCUAGGGUUGUUGUUAAGUCGCCUGAGAUGCGUCCUGAAAUUGUUAUAAAAUUCAUGUAUUUUCUUAAUUUCGAUGAUGUUUACGUUAGAAAAACAACAAAAUACAAUAAGGAAAAUGAUGUGGACAACUAUACCGUAGAUUUUAGAUUUUCUUUUAAUGACAGAUUUUGAAUUUGAAUUGACGUCGGAUGCAUGCGUAGGCAUGUUCUCUUAAUCAUACAGUACAUUUGGAGAAAAGAUAAAACUCUGAGUUAAGAACAUAUUGGGUUAUUCAAAUGAUUAAUCUAUUGGACGAGAAAUAAAUUUAUUGAUUGUAGAUCAUUUGACCUAAGUUUGAUGAAAUGAGUAGGAUACUCAAUCCCUUUUGCAUGGAGAAGGCGCUGAUUGAUUGAUUGAUUGAUUGAUUGAUUGAUUGAUUGAUUGAUUGAUUGAUUGAUUGAUUGAUUGAUAUAUUAAAUCGUCUUGUCGAUUGUAUCUUCAUGAGAUGUGUUCAGGAUGGUAAUUGUAAGGUUUGUCUGUUAAAUACGCAAUUGCUCCAUAGCUGUUUCCUGUGUUUUCCUGUGGUCACUUGCGUAAUUGACCAAUUUACUCAUUGAUUACUUGUUUGAUCAAUCGAUCGAUUGAUUAUCUUAUCAAAUGUUUGCUGAAUCGAUUAAAAGUUAAAUUGUUUUAUUGCAUUUUAAGAUGAUUGACAGGUUGA